CGCAAAUUUAUUAGUUUUCAGAUUAACAACAAUUAAGAAUGACGAAGGUGAGCGUUUGUAGAGCCAGCCCGUUAAUGUUGCACCAAAGCUUUAGCGGCUUAGGUAUCAUUAUUUAAACAAAACGAUCUCUCUGGUUUUCGUAUACGCUCGUCUAAAGUGGGAAAAAAUUUAAUCAGUGCAUCGUUUGAGCUAUCAUUCGAAGUGCGUUUGGGACGAAGCCGUCAGUUAUCGACUUUCAAAUUUUCCGGAGUAUGGUUAAAUUCGACAGCGGCUUCUCAAAUCUACGUGAAAUAACAAGAACCUACGGAGGUAUUCAAAAUGUGAAUGAUUCGUUGGGGUGUCUGCGCUAGUUGUGAAUUUUUCGAAAGCGGACCGAUCAACGAAAUUUCUCGCCAAUAUUGUAGCGUUAGAAUUUUAGCGUCAUAUCAAUUUAUCUUAUCUGCGACGAUAGGGAAAUAAUCGAUCGUCUGUUUGAGUAAUGAGGAAUCUGGAGUUGUUGCUCCAAUAUGGCGUUUGAGUUGAUUCUUUUGGGAGCCCUCAUUUUCAUCUUUAUCGUGUCAUUCUGCGGAUUGCUGCAGAAAAUCAAACAGACUUACGAGAGGGAGCGCGUCAUUGCUGCACAAAUAAUUGCAGAGCGAAUAGCUAGAAGACGGGAACAGGAGCAGACGGACAGAAGAUCGGAAUCUUUCAGCGAGAUCUACAUAAACCCCGCUUUUGCCACUGAAGCGAGCGGAAUUUUCCCAGGAGGUCCGCCCCCGUACUCAAAUUAUUACUUAGAACCUCCUCCGAAAUACGACGAUGUGAUAAAAGUGCACGCCAUAGAUGUUCCCGUAGAAACCGCAGCGUCUGCGGAAACCAUCGUAAUAGAAGCUAGAAACUCCACCAACGCUCAAAGCCCACCGCCGUAUACCGUAGUUAUACCUCCCGCGUCUACUACGUAAAUUACGUCAAUAAAUCAACCAGAAAUUUUCUAUAAGCGAAACGUAAAUACGUAUUAAAAUGUUAGAACUAUUUAGCACUUCUGCAUAGUGACGCCGUCACAGCAUAUUUCAUAUUGGAAUCCGCCGAUCGCCAUUGAAAACGCGCCGUGCGCCGAAUAAAAACCCGAACCCAAUUGUUAAUUUUUUUAUCCCGAUUUUGUUUACGAUAAUGUAAAAAAAAUGUAACUCUGCGCUGACUGUUCUCGCUUUGUUCAAAUAUAAUGGGAGUUAUCACGA